AUUGAAUUCCCACCAAAAUAUCCACAACCAUCAGGAGCACCUUUAAAAUUCCCGUCCUUCGCCCUCUUCGUGUCACAGCCCCAAAACUCUUUACCUUCGAUACUACAAAUUACCGCGCCCACCAGUUUUGCCUUUUGCGUCUUGUUUCCAGUUUCUCUAUCUCUUUCACUCUCAAAAGGGUGAUUGUCAAUUUUCAGCAUAUGGAUACAUCAAGACCCACAGUUUUUGUCAAUGCAGAGUUGUUGCCCAUGUAUGUAGGAAGGAAGGUUCGUGCAGUUGUUCAAGUUACUCAAUCUGAUGGCGAAAUCAAAACGGGAAAAUCUACAGAUGAACUUCAAUUGAUUAUAAAAGGACUUCCACAGGUCCCUCUUAUGACUCACGUUGAGGUGAUUGGUAUUGCUGAGAGUGAGCAGUCCAUUCAUGCUGAAACAUGGACCAACUUUGGUAACACAUUUGACACACAAUCAUACAAUCAGGUAUGCCAACUUGCAAAUGGGGAGUUUAAAGGUCUAUUUCUUUAGGGAGCCAUCUUUGAACUAGAGUAGGUAGGAGUGUAAGGAAUGGUAAUAUUGUUAUGAUUUCACAAGUUUGGUGUUUAAGAUUUACAAACUACUUUUAUUAGAAUAGUUUAUGGGUGAAUACUUUCCAGAACUUUUGUAUUGUAUAUUGUAGUGCAACAAUAGUGUUGUUCUGAUUCCUUAUGU